UAUCACGGAACUGUGCCUGCGAGGGCGGGAGAUCUACGGAAGGCUACUCUGGAAAUGAAUAACGUACCAGCCGAAAACUUGAAGAUUACCGCCACAAAACAAAUCAAUAUUACUGGGACCUGUAACUUAUAAAUUCUAUGUUCUUACAUGACAUCACUUACAUUGUAGCUAAGUUCAUUUAUAAACGCGCAAUCGGAGAAAGAUAUUGAUGUAACAACAACACAGUGAGUUAAAGACGCAAGAAUUGGCGCCAAUGGACCCGUUGGAUUUUGUGACAGAUGAUCAAUUACUUAGGUUUUUCCGAUGUAGUAGGACAGAAAUGUCGUGCAUGGAGCAACCACAUAUCUUCCUUUAUCAACUCCGAGACCACAACCUCAUUCCAGAGGAAGUGUACAAGAAGCUGAUUCGGAAGAAGAGUAAGGAGCAGAGGGAGAAGGGUUUGUACGACAUGCUGAACUGGUUGGAGGAAAAGAGACCUGACUGCAUCAAGCUCUUCUGGCGCUGUGUGUUUAAGGACCACCUCCUGCAACAGUACCCCACGCUACGCCUGCUUCGUAAUAGCCUGCUGGACGGGUCGUUCACAUUAUGUGAGAAAUUGCCAGAGAAGAUGGAGAAGAAAGUGGAGGAGGAGGUGAAUGGAAAGAAGAGGAAGUAUUCAGGGGAAGGAGAAGAGGAGCCUAAGAAGAAGAAAACAACUGUCAUUAGAAAGAGGCAAACGUCAAAGGAAAAUGAGAGUGGUGAGGAAGAGGAGCAGCCCAGCACAUCCACCCAGUCCACACCCAGUCAGAAGAAGAAAGUCCAGAAACCUGUCUUCAGUUCUCCUCUCAAGAAGGGGGAGACAGCUGACAUCUGGACAUGGCCCUUCUACAAGACCCAGCUACCAGUUACCUGCGGGGACAAGAAGGCCACACUCUACCGGGACAAGCUGGCCAGAGGUGGGGAGGACUGCAUUUUGGUAGAUGAUCAGUGGUUCACCCUGGCUGGCUUUGAGGAGUUUGGGGGGAAGAAGAGCAGUAAGAACUGGAAGACCAGUAUCCGCUGUGAAGGGAUCACUCUGGCAAAACUGAUUCAGGAAGGUCAUUUAAUUUCACCAAGUUUCAAAAGAAGAAAAGUUGGAAAGAUCAAGACAGAACUGUUUCCCUCCAACAAAUCAGCAGUCUCGAGCACAGAUUCAGAAUAUGAGAGUGAUCAGGAAGAGGACGAUGAAGAAGUGGAGGUUGAAAAUGAAAAGGAGGAAGGAGAAAGAGGAGAGCAAUCAACCUCUGCUGGAGGAGGGGCCAGUCCAGGAGGGAGUCAGGUUGUUGGUUUGCGAAAGAUUGUCUUCCAAGUCACCUGUGGCGUCCUCAGUGGGAUGCUACACAAGGACCGCUUUGCAUCAGGGACUCGUGGGAAAAGUGUCCGUACAGAGCGGAGCUGGAUGACCCCAAUGGAGUUUUUGAGGGGGGCUUCAGUCAUGGCAGAGACCUCCUGGAAGAAAGACAUCCUGUGUGAUGGGAAUCCUCUCAGUGUCCUCAUCGAGAAUAAGGUGUUGAUAAUCCACUCUGUCUUGUGCAAGUGCAAGUUGUGCAAUCCCACUGCCGAAGACUUGCAAGAACAGGUUAACGAUGAUGACUGCUUCAUCUGUAGGAUCCAAGGCAGCUUGAUUUGCUGUGAUGAAUGUCCACGCUCUUUCCAUCAGGGAUGUCACCUACCUAAUGUAGACGAUGCAUUGCUGGGGAAUGAUCGUCCCUGGGUGUGCACGUUCUGUAUACUGAGAAACACUCAAUCAUGGCGUCAGCCCAGUAAGAAAUCUUACCAGGAUGUUCUGAACUACCGAACCUCUGACCGUCUUCUGGAAUGCCAGUACCUCCUGCUGUGUCUGUACCACACAGACGAGGACCAAAUCUUUGUGAAAAAUCCUAGCAUCAACGUGAGAAACUACUCCAGCAUGAUAAAGACUCCAAUGUGGCUGGAUGGGGUGGUGGAGAAGCUGCAGAACAGUCAGUACCAGACGGUGAAGGCCUUCGUGGCCGACGUGUUGCUCAUCUUCACCAACUGUGCCGCCUUCAACAGGGAUAAUUCAGAGUUCCGUGAGAUGGGUGAAAGACUGGCGGAUCUGUUUGAGAGAGAGUUCCGGAAUACAUUCAGCAUUCAGCAGCAGUGACCCCAAAUGCACAUCCUGUGGAGCUUUCAUCAAGUGCUUACCAUUGCUUUCCUAAAAGACAAUGUCAAGACUACCCUGGCCUUGUUUACAUACAUGUACACCAGUAUGUACAUCUCUUUUUUUCCACGUAUGUACAUUGUUAUUCAUUAUGGAUCUUUCAAUCAUUCUUUUCAUUUGUUUCACUGUAAAACAUGUGUUAAUUUAAAUAUAGAAUUGUGAUGAUAUUUCAAAGUAUUAUGGGUCAAAUCAUUCGGCAAGGUAGCCCUUCUCUACAACCUUAGUACACGAGAGGUGGCUUGUUCUAAUCCCCAAGAUGGCAAAAUCAUGAAUCUGUUUUUCUGUCCUUGAGCAAGGCAGUUAUCCCAAUUUCUUCUCAGGGUGUUGCAGACAAUAAGAAUUAGUUGGUCAAAUCAUGCAUUAAUGGUUGCCCUCCCAACCUUAAAUGCCUGUAGGCCUGAAUUAUGUCAGGAAUUCUUCAGCAUUGGAGUGUCAGAGACCCUUAUAACUGUCCAGCCAAUUAUGUCGAACCUCUGAGUACCCGCUAACAAAUUAACAAACUGGAGAAUUGUUCAUGUUAUAUGUUCAUGUGAUUUUGAAGUGCAAUAUAAUUAUUUGAUUUGAAUGUAUUAACUAUAUGUGGCUAUAUAUUGUAUUUAGUAAUUAUCUUUAUACUGCUUUUGGUGUUUUUUCCCUCAUCUUCUGAUGAAAAAUAAACUACUACUUUUCUAAAACA